AUGUACCACGCGCACCAAGGACCUCGGUGUAGGUGCUCGCACGGACCCCGGUGUGCCGGAGCGCCGCCCGAGGGAAGCCUUGCGGCGGCGGCCCUGAACAGCCGCGUGCGGCCCUUCCCCAUGGACGCGGCGUCGGAGGCCCAGCAGCGGGAGUGCGGCGUAGUCACAGAAGGACUAGAUGCGCACAUCGUCACCCUGCUCUCCUGCGUCCACUCCGUCCUCCCCUCUCCGCCCGUCGUCUCCUACCACGCCGCCCUUCUCCCCCCACCCGAGGACGGCGUCGACCGCAUCAGCGACCUCCCCGACAAGAUCCUCGGCGACAUCGUCUCCCGCCUCCCCGUGAAGGACGGCGCGCGCACCGCCGCGCUCUCCUGCCGCUGGCGCGGCGUCUGGCGCUACGCCCCUCUCGUCCUCAUCGACUCCGACCUCCUCACCGUCGGAGGCGACUCGGGCCUGCAGGACGCGCGCGCUGACGCGCGGCGGGUCGCCUACGCCGUCUCCGACAUCCUGGACGCUCACCCGGGCCCCUUCCGCUGCGUCCACCUCGUCUGCAGCGGCCUGGAGGAGUACCCGGACCUGCUCGCGCGGUGGCUCCAUCUCCUCGCCGUGAAGGGCGUCGGGGAGCUCGUGCUGGCCAACCGCCCGUGGCCGCUCGACACGCCCCUCCCGCCCACCGUGUUCGGCAUGGCAACCCUCACCCGCCUGUACCUUGGCGUCUUCCAGUUCCCUGACACGACCGCCAUCCGGUGCGCUGUGGCAUUCCCGCGCCUCCGCGAGCUGGGGCUCUGCUUCGUGGCCAUGCUGAGGCGGGAGGACAUGGAGUUCCUCCUUUCCAGGAGCCCUGUGCUGGAGAUCCUAUGCAUCCAAGCGAACGUUUUUGUCAAGCACCUAGAUCUCGUCAGCCGCAGCCUCCGGUGCGUGCAGAUCAUCGAAGGCAUUGAUCUCAACAUCGCAGUCAAGAAUGCACCACACCUCCAGAGGCUCAUCAUCUGGUCAUCAACAGUCCGAGAUGACUUGCCCAGGUUGGUCAAGAUUGGGCAUGCCCCCUCUCUAAGCAUACUUGGCUAUUUGGAACCGGAGCGGCACACGCUACAGGUCGGCAACACCAUCAUCAAGGCUGGGACAAGGGCGAGUCCGAACACCACGGUCCCAAGCGUCAAGAUCCUCGGCUUAAGAGUCUACUUUUCCAUCCGCAACAAUGCUAAGAUGUUGCCCAGCUUCCUCAGAUGCUUUCCCAAUGUCGAGACACUUCAUCUUGAGUCCAGGGAGACCUAUCAGCCCACUGGCAGGCUGAGCAACAAGUUCUGGCAGGAGGUCGGUGCUAUCGAAUGUGUGCAGUCACACAUUAAGCUGAUGGUCUUUUAUGGCUUCCGUGGGGAGCGGGGCGAGCUCUCCUUCCUCAAGUUCUUCCUGGAGAGUGCAAGGAUGCUGACAAAGCUUGUGAUUGUGUUCAACAAGGGAAGUUUCGCUUCAGUUGCCGAGGCAAACUCCAAAGUGAAACCUCUGUUUUCUACAAAAUGGGCCAGCCGAGAGUGUUCGCUGUUACUCUUGGAGAGUGCACUUCCAGCAGGUGAAGACAAGUGGUUGUUGAACUUCAAAACAGGAUCUGAUUUCUCUACAAAGGACCCGUUCACGUGUGCUGUUGCUCUUGGCGGGUGCAGUUUUUAAGGAGAAGGGCUGGUGCUUACUGCUUACUGAAGAUUAGAAAGAUGUUCUCCACCAGGGGCCUUUUUGAGUUCAUUGGGCGAUCAGCUUAUUCUAGGGAAACACAUGGUUAGUCCUCUGUUGCAGUCUCUACCUUCAGCGAAAGGCAACGUUUUGGAUCAUUGGCUUGUGUUUUUUGGUCAGACUUCCUGGUUUUAUUUGCAUGACGACCUUCAGAAAGUUGAUGCAAAAGACGAGUGUUGCUCAAAUGCACUUCUGUAUGGUUUAUCUAUUUAGCUUUGGCCUAUUGCUGAUCAUGUUAGGACUCACAAUUUCUGCUGAAUGUGUUGAGCGAUGCUGGCAGACAGAUA